AUGUUCAUCAGCGUUUUGAUGACCGGAGUCCUUGGAUGGGUUUCCUCGUUCGCCACCUCACUUACCUGGUUCACUUUCUGGAGAACGUUGCUUUCUUUUUUCAAUACCGGACAUAUUGUAAUCGUUAUGGUGUACAUGUGUGAAAAAUUCCCGCGCCAACAUCGAAUGUGGCUCAAUUUCGUCUUCUCAUGGUCGCCGAAUUUGAUGUUCGCGUCGAUUAUCGCCUAUUAUUCAGUCGACUGGCGCACGUUCUCCCGAUCGCUCAACUCGCUCGCUUUCAUUGCCGCCAUUCUGCUUUAUUUCUGCGAGGAAUCGAUCUACUGGUUGGUGAGAAAAGGACGCAUUGAUGAAGCGGAAAAAGCGAUGAAGAGAAUUUAUCGGAUAAACGGAGAGGAUCUGGAUCUGAAAUCACUGAAAUUCGUCCUGCAACAAGAGAAACAACAAUUCGAGGCAAAAAAAUCGACGGGCAGCUAUUUCUUCCAUCAUCUUUUCUGCACUUGGCGUCUCAUGGGCUACUCGUUCACGAUGAUUCUCAGCUAUUUUGCCGUCUCGAUCAUCAACUAUGGUAUUAUGUUUAAUAUGGAACAUUUGGAGGGAUCGAUUUUCUUCAAUACGAUCUUUAUCGGCUGUUUCCGAUAUGUUCUCAAUGUGAUCUCAGCUGCAGUCGAUUACAAUUAUCCAAGAGUUGGAAGAAAAACAGCUCACAUGUUUUUCUCGGCGUACACCGUGGUGGCGAUUGCGAUCGCGUUGGUAAUCGAGAUGUUCGACAUCGAUUCCCUCAGCUCGAUCGUUCGCUAUUUGGUGAUGUCCGCCGGGUCGAUGGUUGCACAGAUUUAUGUCGUCAAUGGGGUCACUUGUUCGGAGAUCUAUCCAACCGCCGUCCGUAACAUUGCCUAUGCAACGACGCAAAUCAGCGGAAGUAUUGGAUCAAUUUUGGGACCGCAGCUUUUCCAUUUGUCCUCAAUCUUCGAGCUUCUUCCCUAUUUGGUGAUGUUGGCGCUGCAAUUCGGCGAGACUUUUUGUGUCACCGUUCUGGUGCCCGAAUCAAAGGGACGACCGAUGGCCGAUUCGAUGCCCGAAGUGAAUGAAAGAUUCAGAUUGUGCCGACCAAAAGUGGUGAUUGACGACGAGGAAAUCAAGAAAGUCUCCCGGCUGACCCCUGCUCUCCCGCAAAAUGAAAAUAUUGCC